GCUUUAGUGGGCUCGCGCGCACCGGAGGAGCAACAGUUCGCAGGCAGCAGCCCAGCAAGAAGAAAGUGGUUUCAAAGAAGCGGACUGCAGCCUUCUGUCUGCCGGAGCCUGUUCUUUCAAUAACACAGACACACUGAGGCAGGGUGAGAAUACGAACAAUAUCCACGGCGGGCAUAACAUUAAUAGCAGAAGUAGCCUACUAUGGAGGACCAGCUGCUGUGCUGCGAGGUGGACUCCAUCAGGAGAGCCUACCAGGACGUGAACCUGCUCAACGACCGAGUCCUCCACACCAUGCUGAAGGCAGAGGAAAACUACCUCCCGUCGCCAAACUACUUUAAGUGUGUUCAGAAAGAAAUUGUCCCCAAAAUGAGGAAAAUAGUUGCCACCUGGAUGCUAGAGGUCUGCGAGGAACAGAAAUGCGAGGAGGAGGUUUUUCCGCUGGCUAUGAACUAUUUGGACAGAUUUUUAUCGGUGGAGGCCACCAGGAAAACAAGACUACAGCUGCUGGGAGCUACGUGCAUGUUCCUGGCGUCCAAGAUGAAGGAAACUGUGCCCUUAACGGCGGAGAAGCUCUGUAUCUACACGGACAAUUCGGUCCAGCCCGGAGAACUGCUGCAAAUGGAGCUGCUGGUUCUCAACAAGCUGAAAUGGGACCUGGCCUCUGUCACACCUCACGACUUCAUCGAGCACUUCCUGUCCAAGCUGAAGAUCUACCCGUCCACCAAGCAGAUCCUCAGGAAACACGCUCAGACCUUCGUGGCUCUCUGUGCUACAGAUGUCAACUUCAUCGCCAGUCCUCCGUCCAUGGUGGCAGCAGGCAGUGUGGUGGCAGCUGUUCAAGGUCUCUACCUGAAGAGCCAGGAUGCCUCAUUGUCCUCCCAGAACCUCACAAACUUCCUCUCGCAGGUCAUCCGCAGUGACCCGGACUGCUUGCGGUCAUGCCAGGAGCAGAUAGAAUCCCUGCUGGAGUCCAGUCUGCGACAGGCUCAGCAGCACAACACAACAGAAACCAAACAUGUGGACGAGGACGUGGACCUGUCCAGCACCCCGACAGAUGUCAGAGACAUCAACAUCUGAAAUACCUGACGGCCGCGUCUCACGGCUACCUGCCGAUUGAGGGGAAAGUUGUCGAUAGAGGGUGGUGAAGGGCGGGCUGGGGAGGGGGUUCUUCAUCUGAACCCAGCCUCCCCUCCGAACCCUUCUUCCUGGGCUGCUAUCAUGGCCGACAUGUCACUCACAUGCCCGCUGUCCGCUCCGGCUGCCAAGACGGAACAGACCUCCCCCCCUCCCCCGUCAUCCUCCUGCAAACCCCAAGUUACAUUUCCUACCAGUGUCCCCUCCCUUCCUGGGAAAAGAAUGAACACUACAGAAAUGUAUCAGAGAGAAAAGACACUGAAUGCUGAUGUCCUGUGUGGGCUGGAGUUGAAGCCACAAAACAGACAUUUCAGUAGAUUGUUUUUCUCAUUUCCUCAAAUAUUAAACUAGGAAUCUUUAAAUUACUGCAGAAUUAACUUGCCUACUAAAACAUCCAAAAGUGUCCCAUACAGUAGGUCCUUGUAGUCUGUCUUCAGGUCUUUUUACUUUCUUAACCCUUGUGUUGCCUUCGGGUCAAUCUGACCCGAUUCAAUGUUUCACCCUCCUGUCGCCUUCGGGUCAAUAUGACCCGAUUCAAUGUUUAACCCUCCUGUUACCUUUAUAUUUACUAACAUAUUUUACCCUUGAGGUCAAUAUGACCCCAGCUAUUAAAAUCUCCAGAAGAUUAUUAGAAUUAAUAUUGUUUUCCAAGUUUAAGUGUGAGGUACUUUAUGUUUGUUUGUUGACUCCCGAAAGAACACCGACAUUAAACAUUGAAUCGGGUCAAAUUGACCCGAAGGCGACAGGAGGGUUAAAUAUUGAAUCGGGUCAAAAUGACCCGAAGGCAACACAAGGGUUAAAGAGAAGAGGCCUUUUUCUGUUUUUAUUUCUUCCUCGUUAUAUCUAAUGUUUUUAGACUUCUUGUUUGUCUCGUUGCAGUGCAAACAUUCAUAUAUCCCUGCUUGCUUAUGUUUAGUCACUUUAUCAUUUAUCAUUUUAGACCUCUUUUUAAAGCAAGUGUAGUAUAAGACGCUAUUGUCUUUUGACCCUUGUGACUGUGGACUGCUGAUGUCAUUCUUUGUUCAUUCAUUGACAACUUGACCCAUUUCCGCUUGCUGUAAUUUGAUAAGAUCAAAUCGAUGCACAACCAAGUAGAGCAUCCACAGUCUGCUUUGUAUCUUUCUCUGUGUAGUUGUAUCUCAACCAUUCCAACUUUGUUUUGAUAAAAGAAAAAGAAAAAAAAGCACUUUUGGCCAGCGCCGCUGGUCGUCUAAAAAAAGAAACCGUUUGUAAACCCAGAUGAAAUUUGGAGGGGUGGUUGAGCAGGAGUCUUUCAGUGAUGGAGUCAGAGCAGCACCUGCAUACAAAAGAAUUGAGCAGUUGGACAGACGUACUUCUUUAAAACGAGACUGUCAUCAGCGUGUCUUUGAGCAGCUGCCUUCCAUGUCUCAGAUGUGAGUUUUAGUUGAACAGAUGUUUCAUACAAAUAGAGCUGCUUCUCUAUAAGAAGAAAUAUCUUUGUUUCAGUGUGCAAAGCCAGAAGCUGAAGGUCCAGUAAAGUAAAACAAAGUAUUAUUUUUACAAUUAAAAUAAUAUUUUAUCUUUAUAUUGCUAAACUUAUUAUUUAUUAUUUUCUUAGCUUGCGUUUUCUAGUUUGCAAACGAACUGUGGCUCCACCUACUGUUUAACGAUUUCUGCCUCCCAGAAAUUUUUGUGAGACUAUCACGCUACUCUGCCUCUAAAUCGGCAGGACCGCAUUCCUCCAUCGCUCCACCUCAGUUAAAAUUCUGCUCAUAGGUUCUGGGAAGGGGAAGAAGAGUUGAGACUCUGAUUUUGCACAAACCUAAAAGAUGUGGGUGAAAUUUCUUGGGGACUUGCCUAAAGAAAUGUGGCGUGCAAAGCUGGCAAGUGUACCAAGGGGUGGAAAGGUGUCAAAAAGGCUGAACAAGGAGGGGCGAGUUGAAGAGACUCCACAGGACUCUGUGAUGACGAUGGACAGAUGAUACAGGCAUGAGGGCUCUUCUCCAACCCCAUCUGGGGAAAGGCUGUGGGGACCCUGAAAAAUGAGGUUUCUGAUUGUACAUUAAGGAUAGAGAGUAGGAGAGAGACACUCCUUUUAUUCCGCUGCUAUAGAAAAUGAAUCCCAGCUACGUGUAAAAAGAAAAAAAGGAUGACAAAAACGUAAUGGAUUAAAAAUUAUGCUUUUCUCCUGUUUGCUGCUACAUUUUUGGUGUUUUUAUACAUAUAAAUGUCAAUAUACUGCUAUUCUAGGUUUGAAUUUUCUCAUAGAAAAUUGUGUUAUUGACAUCCUCAUUUGUAUGUAGAUCUAUGUGAUCCGUUUUAUUUUGUUUGUUUAUGAUUGCAUAUGAUUUUCCGAACUAUUCCAAAAAAACAAGGGAAAAUGAGACUACAGAAAUGCUUUGAUCCACAAUACCUCAUGUGACAGUCAAGAUCUAUCUCUAAUUUUUUUUCUUUUAUUUGUUUAGUUUUUAUUCUGUUCUACUUGCUGGUUGAGUGCCUCCGAGCUCUGUUCAAUCUUCUUAAGAGGAAGCAUCUGAUGGAACCAGUGAGUCCAGGGCAUGCUUUGAUACUGGGGCCAUAAGAGAAAAAUGGGAAGUGUGAAGCUAUCUCGAUAAAAGAGACUUUUAUCCCUGCCGUCGGCCGAUAGCGACCUUCGUCCUUUCCCCUUUUGAUAUUUAUAAAAGGAAAAAAGCGUUUUUCUCCAUUUACUAAACUGCCAGUGAGUUGAUUUGAGUUUGUAAAUAGAUUCAGUGUCGUGCUCGGUAAGCCAUAGACGUUCUUUUGUUACAAAUCAUUCCACACAGUUGUGUCUACUUCAUGCCAGUUGUCUGCAACUUCUCAACUACCCAAUAAAAAGCUGAGUGAGA